AUGUCCGACCUUAUUCGAGACGCCCCUCUCGGGCAACUCAUUCGAUACUUGACAGGGAACAAAGUACUUCAGUACCCUGAAGAAAAGCCUGACUUCAUCUGUCCAGAUUACUACUCACACCCCUCCUCAGAGGAAGUGACCAAACAAUACUCCAAGAUCGUUCCGUCGCUUCCAUCUCGCAACGACUCUGUCAAGGAUGAUUCGGAGAAAGAAACAGUGGAACCUGACAGAGAUCUCCACCUGACAAGGACAGAGACCGACCGAAGCCACCAUGAAUUGAGCAAGACAAACACCAACAGAUCUGCUCUAUCGCGAGUGGGAUCUCGCCUUGCUCUCGAACAUUCAAAAACCAGAGAAGAUCUCGAGCAAGCUUUCGCCAUCGCAUCCCAGCCAGCUCAUCGGCCUGAGCCAAUCAUCCCUGUUCGCACCGCAGAUGGAGUCAUUCUCGUGGACUGGUACACCACUGACGACAAGGCGAAUCCUCAAAAUUGGUCCAACACGAAGAAAGGCUUGGUCACACUGCUCAUCUGUAUCUAUACUACAGCUGUCUACACAGGAUCUGCGAUCUACGCACCUUCUGCUGAAGGCGUCAUGGAGCGUUUCCACGUUUCAGCAACAGCAGCUGCUCUUGGUAUCGCGCUCUUUGUCUUUGCUUAUGGACUCGGGCCACUGCUCUUCUCUCCGCUUUCAGAGAUUCCCAAGAUCGGCAGGAAUCCGCCUUACAUCAUUACAUUUGCCAUUUUCACCAUUUUGUGUGUGCCGACAGCCCUCGUGGACAACUUUGCUGGACUCAUGGUGCUGAGAUUCUUGCAAGGCUUUUUCGGUUCUCCUAUUCUCGCUACAGGUGGUGCUAGUCUGCAAGACAUGUUCUCACUCAUCAAGUUACCUUAUAUCCUCUGUUGUUGGGCAGCAGCAGCUUGUAUUGGUCCUGCUCUUGGUCCCAUCAUCUCUGGCUUCAGUGUUGCAGCUAUGAAUUGGAGAUGGUCUCUCUGGGAAAUGCUUUGGCUUGCGGCACCUGUUUGGAUCACACUCUUCCUUUUCCUGCCCGAGACAUACCCAGAGACCAUCCUCUUGCGUCGUGCUCAGCGACUCAGAGCUCUCACUGGAAAUGAGAACUUGAAAGCUCAGUCUGAGAUCAACCAAGCUCAACGUAGCUUCAACAAUCUGGUCGUCGAAGCUUUAUGGCGCCCUCUUCAAUUAAUCGCCCUGGAUCCAGCUAUCGCCUACGCCGACCUCUACAUCGCUCUCUGUUACGCAAUCUUCUACUCCUUCUUUGAAGUCUUCCCCUUGGUCUAUAUCGCCCGCUACGGCUUCAACGUCGGAGAAAUGGGUCUCGUAUUCCUCAGCAUCGCCGUCGGCGUCGUCAUCUCAAUAGCAGGCUACUACGCCUACCUCUACUACGUUGUCGAACCCGAGAUCCGAGAACACGGCUUGGGUGCUCCCGAGCGUCGAUUGAUUCCAGCUCUGUUCUCUAGUUUCCUCGUCCCCAUUGGCCUGUUCAUCUUUGCAUGGACUGGCGAUGGCAAGAUUCACUGGAUCGUCAGUUGUGUUGGUAUCGUUGUCAAUAUGGUCGGUGUGUUUAUUCUCUUCCAGUGUGUGUUUGUUUAUCUGCCUAUGGUAUAUCCUGCGUAUGCUGGAAGUCUUUUUGCAGGUAACGAUACCAUGAGGUCUACACUUGCAGCUGCAGCCAUCUUGUUCUCACGCCCGAUGUUCUUGGGCUUGGGAGUUGGAGGAGGUGUGAGUUUGCUUGCUGGACUCACGACUCUGUGCAUCGGUGGCAUAUUCAUCCUGUUCUUCUAUGGUGAGAGAUUGAGAGCGAAGAGUCGCUUUGCUGCAAAGUGA